UACGUAAAUUAAAUUUAUAAGAAAAUAGCUGUAACUAAUAAGUUAGGCUCCAAAACUUCCUUAGCAAGAUUUGUUAUUUGCAGUUUGUUUUUGUGGACCCCACUCACAUUCCAACCCUCUCUCACAGACACUGCAAUUUUACCAUUUUCGUGUAUCUAAUUUUUCGUUUCCAUUAUUUCUCACUCUCUUCGAUCACUCUCAACCAAGUUGUAAAAACUCUUUCUCUUCCCUCAUUUCAAAUUUUUCUCUGUUACAGUUUUUUUUUCUACAAGAAAAGAAUCAUCUUCACCAUCAUCAUUGUAACCGGUUUUAUAUGGUGUGAAUUUAGUUGAAAAAUGGCUGUUAAGGGUUCUGUUAAGUUAAAGUUUUGUGGUGGUGGUGGUGGUGGUGAUGAUGAUGGGAACUUAACGUUUAAGCGGCACAACUCGUCCGAGAGAAAUAAUACAUGGCAUUCAGGAGUGAGGAAUCGAGUUUUGUAUGAUGAUUCUGAUAAUGAUGAUGAUGAUGUGCCUUUGGCAGUAAGGUUAUCCCGGAUGCCGAAUUCGGGAACACGGAGUAGUAUCUGUGAUGUUCCUGUUAAGAUGAGGGGUAAUAGUAAUACUACAACAAUGCCGGUUAAGAGGCCGUUUGGUAAUGGCAAUGCCUUGCAGGAUUCUGUUAAGAAAGCGAAGGUGACAACAAAUGAUAAACCUUUGUCGGUGAGAAUCAAAAUUCCGGGAAAAGUUGCUGAUAAAUCGUUUUCGUUGCUGAAGAAAGAUCUUGCGUUGGUAGAAAAAUCGUUUGAGGAAUGCAAAAGUAAGAGGGAAGAAGAAGAGAAGAGAUUGCAGUCGAUAAAGAGAGAUAUUGAGGAAUGCUCCAAAGAGCUUGUGAAUUUGAAAAAGAAAAAUAGUUGUGUUGAAAAAAUUAGCGAAUCUCAUAAGCAAAUGUUGGGGAAAAUUGAUGAAUGUGUAAAGGAUUUUGCAGCAAAAGAAGCACAACUCUGUUUGAUGGACGACUUGAUUGGAGAACGCAAGCGAGAGCUGAAGAAAAAAGAGAUAGAACUUCAUCGAGUCAUGGAUAACAUUGAGAAGCACCGUGAAGGGAAGGAAGAAGAACUCAAGGCUCUUUCCACAAAAAUUGCUCAAUGUACUGUGGAACUUAAGGCCAAAGAGAAAGAGUGUGAUGCAAUGCAAAAACAAAUCGACGAACAAGCAGACAUUUUAAAGUCAGAAAAUAAAAAGUUACUAAGGGUAAUGCAAUGCAGUCAGCACUAUUCAAGUGCUCAAAUGAAGGAAUUUGAAUUAACCAAAAAGCAAUUUGAAGAGCAGGUUAAGGAGCUCGAGUUAAAGGAGAAAAGAUGUGGAGAACAGAUGAUGGAGCUUGAGUCAAAGGAGAAGUUGUUUCAAGGCUGCGUAGAGAAGCUCAGGUUAAAUGAGAAAAGGUACCGAGAACGAGUGGUGGAGCUUGAAUCAAACGAGAAGCUCUUUGAAGGUCGUGUAAAGGAGCUUGAGUUUAAAGAGAAGCUUGAAGGCCAAGCGAAAGAGUUUGAAUUGAAGGUGGAGAGAUUUAAUUGCCAAAUAAAGGAGCUUGAAUCGGAAAAGAAGCAUUUUGAUUGCUCUGUAAAGGAGCUGGAAUCAAAAGAGAGGCAAUUUGAAGGACAAGCGAAGCGGCUAGAGUUAAAAGAGGAGCAGCUUGAAGGCCGAGUGAAAGAGUUGGAUUCAAAAGAGGAGAUGUUUAAAGGCCAAGUUAAGGACCUUGAGUUAAAAGAAAACAAACUUGAAGCCCGGGUGAAUGAGUUCAUAUCAGAAAAAGAGCAAUUUGAAGGGCGAUUGAAGAUGCUCCGGUUUAAAGAAAAGUUGCUUGAAGUACAAGUGAAAAUAUUUAAAGGCCGAGUAGACAAAAUUGAAUCAAAAGAGGAUGAAUUCAAAGCUAAAAUGCAGGAGCUCAAGCGUUUCAUAAGCAGAAUGGAGGAUUUUGAAUCAGAAGAGAAACAAUUUGAAGGACGAGGGAAAGAGCUCGUGUCAAUAGAUAAAAUUUUCAAAGUACAUGCGAAUGAAUUCAAGCAAAAAGAGAAGCAGGUUUAUGGACCCAUGAAGGAUCUUGAGUUGAAGCCAAAUGAAUUUGAUGGACAACAUAUGCAACACGAGUUAAGAGAGAAACAAUGCUUUGCAGUUAUACAACCAUUUGAAGAAGAAACAGAAUUGGGCAAUCAAUUAAGUCCCACCGUUGAUGACAGAUGUUUGAUGUUGGUCCCAUGUGAGCAAACUGAUGAAUUUGAGUCAUUUGAUUACGGAUUUAAUCUGCAAAGUUUAUCUGAUCCAUCAAAAAUUGUGUUGGAAAUAAUACAGAAUCCCUUUAUUCCAAAGUGCAAAAUGGGAAACAGUGAUGUAAUUAUUGAUGAUAGAGACAUUUUCCUGCUCGAAGAACUGAUGAAAAUCUCACCAGAUGUUAAACCUCAUACAAGAGAAAAAGCAAUGAAGCUAGCACUUGAAUUGAAAGCUAACAUGGAAGAAAAUAAAGAAAAUUCUAAGGAGGUUUUGGGUUUUCUACUCCUUGUGUCAAUUUAUGGACUGGUUCCUUUUUUCGAUGAAGAUGAAGUUUUAAAGCUUUUUGGACUUGUUUGUCAGCAAAAAAUAGCUAUAGUUCUGUUUGGGGCCUUGGGUUUCGCAGAUAAAAUAUCUGAUUUUGUUGAGAAUCUUAUCGCAAGACAACAAUAUGUAGAAGCUGUUAGGUUCAGUUGUGCGUAUAAAUCGGGCGACAAUAAUCAACUAGUUGCUCUCUUGCGAGAACAUGUGCAGAAUGCAAAACUAAUUUCUGAGAGCAGUUGCAGUGAAGCCGACUCCAUUGAAAUUAAGGAUAAAGCCAGAGAUCAAGAAAUUACUAGUCUUACAACUGUUUUACAGUGUAUUGAAGUCAACAGCCUAGAAUCCAAGGAUCUACGUGACACGAUUCACGGCCGUAUUCUUGAGCUAAAGAGACACAAGGGAACAUAUUUUACUAAUACACUAUUUUGUCAUUUUUUGAAAGAAAAAGAAACAAAUUCUGUAGCUGGGUUCAACUUGAAGCAUUUUGAAAGCUGGACAAUGGAGCUUGAGUUAAAAGAGAGGCAACAUGAAGGGCUUGUGAUGAAAUGGGAAUUAAAAGAGAGAGAAUUUGAAGGCCAGAUGAAGGAGCUGGAAUCUAAAAAGAAGCAUUUUGAUAGCCGAAUGAAGGACCUUGAAUCAAAAGAGAAGCAAUAUGAAAGCCGAGUGAAGGAGCAUGAAUUGAAAGCAAGAGAACUCAAAGGCCAAACAAAGGAGCUGAAAUCUAAAAAGAAGCAUUUUGAAGGUCGGGUGAAUGAGCUGAAAUCUGAAAAGAGGCAUUUUGAAGGUCGGGUGAAAGAGCUGAAAUCUAAAAAGAAGCAUUUUGAUAGUCGAAUGAAGGAACUUGAGUCAAAAGAGAAGCGACAUGAAAGCCGAGUGAAGGAGCUUGAAUCGAAAGCGAGAGAAUUCGUAGGCCAAGUAAAAGAGCUGAAAUCUAAAAACAUAUUUUUUGAAAGCCAAGUGGCAGAGCUCAAAUUAAAAGAGAUGCAAUUGAAAGAAAAAGCUAAGGAAGUUGGGACAAAAGAGAAGCAACUUGAUGGCCGAUGGAAGGAGUUUGAUUCUAAAGAGGAUGAAUUCGAAGGCCUGGUGAAGGAGCUGGAAUCAGAGAAGAAGCAUUUCGAGUGCCGAGUGAAGGAGCUUGAAUCAAAAGAAAAUCGAUUCAAAGAACAAAUGAAGGAGUUCCGGUCAAAAGAGGAGGAGUUCAAAGGUCAAGUAAAGGUGUUUGAAUCAAAGGAGGAGGAAUUUGAAGGUCGAGUUCAGGAGCUCAAUUCAAAGGAGGAGGAAUUUGAAGGUCGAGUUCAGGAGCUCAAUUCAAAAGAGAAGCAAUUUGAAAGCAAAGUUGGGGAUUUCAAAUCAAAAGAGAAGCAAUUUGAAGAACGAUGGAAAGAACUCGAGUCAAAAGAGAAGCAGUAUGAAGGGCAAGUCAAGAAUCCUGAAUCAAAGCUGAAUAAACAUGAGGAAAAAGAAUCUGUUAUAUCUUACAUGGACGAUGAAUCAAGUCCUCCCAUUGAUGAAACAAGUUUGAAGUUGGUCCAGUGUGAGCAAACCGAUAUUCUAGCUAAUCUGCGAGAAUCAUCCGAUCCAGCAAAAGUGGUUUUGGAUAUAAUACUCAACCCCAUUCUUCCACUUUGCUAUAAGAAAGGAGACAAUGAAGUGGUUAUUGAUGAUAGAUGCAUCUAUCUGCUAGAACUACUGAUGAAAAUCUCACCAAAUAUCAAACCUCUUGUAAGAGAAGAAGCAAUGAAGCUAGCACUUGAUUUGAAAGCUAACAUUAAAGAAAAUACUGAAAAUUCUUUGGUGGUUCUCGGUUUUCUACUGAUUUUAUCAAUUUAUGGAUUGGUUACUUCUUUCAAUGAAGACGAAGUUUUGGAGCUUUUUGCAUUUGUUGCUCAUCACAGGAUAGCUUUCGAGCUGUUUAGCACCCUAUGCUUUUGAUGUUUUAUUUGUCAAAUCAAAUGUGCUUAUAUCUAUUGCUGGUAUGAAAUUGAACUGAUAACUGAUCUCUCUUUCUAUGUAUCUAUUAUAGUAAGUUUGGAUGCUGUGAAAUUUCUUGCAUCUUGCAGAUUUUGUUGAGAAUCUUAUCCGGAGGAAGAAAUUUGUUGGAGCUUAUCAAAUGUGCUUAUUAAAUGUCUAUUUAAUUUUCUUGCAAAUUGCAGAUUUUGUUGAGAAAACUUAUGAGGACGAAGCAAGUUGAGUCUGCUGUGCAUGUUACUUGGCUUACAAGAAUCAACUAGUAUUGUGCUAGAAAUGUGGUAAUGGAAACAUGCUAACACAUAUAAUAUUUAUUAUUGGCUUAAAUAGUUAAUACAUAUCAUAUUUUUCUA